AGAACGAGGCCCACGAUCGCAUUUCUCUCCUCUGCUUCGUCCACUUCGCCUUCGCGAUCGUGAUCCGGUGUGGAAUGCGACAUGGCUCGGGGAAGCGCCGUCUGUGUCGUUGAACGCACGGAAGGCGAGGAUGGUGAUUCGUACUACACGUUGAAGGAGGGGAUACUCAGAAGCAUCUUAUUGCAAGAGCACUGCAAAGAUAAGCCGGUCGCAGUCGUGUCCAUCGCCGGAGGAGCAAGGAGAGGAAAAUCUUUCUUGCUCAGUCUCUUUCUGAGGUACCUGAAGGGGGAGGGUUCCGACAGGUGGCUUGGAGAUGAGGACACUCCGGUGACGGGGUUCGCUUGGAAAAUGAGUGCGAGGAGAGUGACGACAGGAAUCCACAUCUGGGACGAAAUCAUUCCUGUGAAGCUGCCCGGUGGUGAAGAGGCGUGCAUAAUUCUGAUGGACACAGAAGGGACGUUCGACUGCGAAGAGCCUCUUGGACAUAGCGUUACCGUCUUUGCUCUCAGCACUUUGCUCAGCUCUCUGCAGAUUUACAACCUCAAGGAUAACAUCCAGAUGGACGACCUUCUGCAUCUACAGUUUUUCACAGGGUAUGGCCGGCUGUGUCUUGAAGAGAGAGAAGAGAAACCCUUUCAAAGCUUUCUGUUCCUUGUGCGGGACUGGAGAAACAACCACGAAUAUCACUAUGGCAAUGAAGGAGGGAGGGAGUUCCUGGACGACAAGCUGCAGACUUCUGGGAAACAGCGAGAAGAAGUCAAGAGCGUGAAGGAAGACAUAAAAUGUUGUUUCGCGGAUAUCAAUUGCUUCCUGAUGCCUUAUCCAGGGGAGAAGGUGGCUGGAGAUCCCCAUUUCAACGGCUACCUUUCAGAUAUAAAUGAGGACUUCAGGGAGCAGUUGCAGCAUUUGGUGCCAAUGCUGCUCUCUCCAGAGAAUUUUGUUCUGAAGAAGGUCGCAGGGAAGGCUAUCACAUGCCAGGAACUUUUCGAAUAUUUCAAGUGUUAUGUGACAGUUUACAAUAACAGAGAGGAGAUCCCCGAACCACGGAGCAUCCUCGAGGCCACUGCAGAUGUCCAGCAUCGGAAUGCUUGCGAUGAAGCAACCAAAAAAUACCAGAGAAGAAUGGACGGACUACUGGAAGAAAAUCCCGUGCCGACUCAGAAGAGAUUGGACGAGAUGCACGCCAGACACAAAGCGGAGGCAAUUCAGAUCUUCACGAGUUCGAAGAAAAUGGGUGGUAAAGAGCUAUCCGAAAGAUAUCGACAUCUAUUGGAAAAGGAGUACGGACAGGAUAUGGCUGCGUUCAUGAGGAACAUACCUUUAGUGACCAAAGAGGUUCUGCAAUUAAAACACCAAGAAAAGAGGAAAGAAGCUAUCCAGACCUUCCAAGAGAUGAAGGAAAUGGCCAAUGAAGACCUCUUCUAUCAUUGCAAGGAGAGACUUGAAAAGGAUGUGGAGACGCAGUCCAAGACUUACAUCACGGAUAGACAAUGGAGAGAGGGUAAAGCAGUUAGGGAACUGAUAAACGCCGUCCAAGCAAUUGUUUGGAAGUACAGCUCUCACAUGGGCCGAUUCUGUGGAGAAGCUGUGAUCACGGAGGAGGAGCUGCGUAUUGAGCACGAGAAAUACUGCAGGCAAGCAUUUGAGGACUUCUUUAACAGAACAGAAAAUACACCGUGUCCCUACUUUCUGAAUGAACACCAGGACAACCUGAAAAAGCGUUUGGAUGAACAAUAUAAGGUAUAUGUGGAACUCAGACAAUCAAAAGAGAGAAAAGCCGAAACGGAACUGAUGAACGCAACUGAGGCGGCUACCGGACAAUACAACGAUGAGAUUUGCGGACUUUUGGAACGAUCCUUGAUGAGUGAGGAAGAGCUGAGGAAGGGACAUGAGGAUUGUCAUCGACGGGCGAUUGAAGCCCUUUCGGACGUAGGGAAUCUGUAUCCAUUCCUUUUGAAGAAACACAAGGACGAAUUGGAAAAGGUCGAUUACAGCGUAGUGUGGAUUACGCGCCUGGCAAACGAGUACGAGAGGCAUAAACGAGCGAGAGAGGCACAAGAGAAAGCGGCAGAAGCGGUACUCGAAGAUGCAGUGGGAAAAAGUGUUAUUCGUUACGAGAUGGAGAUGGCCCGCUUGUGUGGAGAAUUCGUGAUCAAGAGGCUCAUCAGAGGGCAGGAGCUGGGUAACGGACACGCGAAAUAUCGCGAAGAAGCACAUGAGAUGCUUCGGAAGACGGGAGAGGAGUGGCCGCACCUUGCAAACAAAUACAAGGACGAGCUGGAAAAGCGCCUCAUGACUGUGAAAGAUGAAUUCGAGAGAGGAAGAGACUCAUCGGAGGAAAAAGUAAGAAGCUUUCUGGAGAAUGAAGUCAAGAAAAAUGCGAAAGAGUAUAUCGGCCCAAAUAGGAUGAAUAAAUUCUACGGAGAAACCGUUGUCGGACGAGAAGAACUCCUGGAAAAUCACAAGGAACAUAGGAAUGCGGUAAUACGACGUUUUCAAGAAGCUGGAAACUGGGCACCCGACUGGCUUCUCGAGGAAUAUGAACACGUCUUGGCUAACACUUUGAAUUCCUGGCAUCGUGAAUUGGAGAAGAAGAUGGGAGAGGAACGCAACAAGAGAGCGUGGGACAAACAAAUGGCGACGCUAGCCACUGCGACGGGCUCCAUGAUGGCAGGUACGGUAUUCGGUCCGGGCUCUGGCGCGGUGGCAGCUACCGCAUCUGGUGCCGUGGGUGGAGCGAUCACGCAAUACAUAGGAAACUCCAGAUGGCGCAACAACGCAGUCCUUCCCGAUCUGAACAGCAUCUGCAUCGAAUCGAGUGAGGUGGUCAGUCCUUCCCUCGAGGAAGAAGAAUCAGAAGAAACAGAGGAACCUUGA